UGUCUGACUGUGGGAAAAUCUAUUAGUGUAUUUAAAAUCCGUCUCCCAGGUAUCUCUGCAUUUUGUUUGUCUGUUUACUUUUUGUAUUGUUUAUGUCAGAGAACCAAAAUAAAUGAUUGAUUGAAAAUCAAGACUAUUUACUAAUGCAAAAUGGUAGACUGGGAGGUAUUAUCCUGUGUUUUUCUUUCAUUUUUCUCAAUUUGCAAUGGAUUUCUUAAUAUUGAAGAACUGACAAAUUCGAAAUAUGCCUUGGAUAUAAUAAGCGGACCAAUGAAUGAAUUGGAAUUGCCGAAACAGUCAGCGGAAGGAUUGAAGCUUGCAUCACGCCAUGGUCAAAACUAUUAUUGUAAACUUCCUUUUCUCGCUCAAAGUAAUGAAGAAAAAGAUGAAGAAAAAAUUUCCAAAACAACACCACUAUCAUCUCUUCUUGAGCCAAUGAAAAGGGAGUCAUGCUUGAAAACGGUUGUUGGGUGGUGGACUUAUGAAUUUUGCUAUGGGAAAUAUGUGAAGCAGUAUCACUCAGAAGGUGAUACACCCAAAGGUGAUAUUACUUUUCUUGGAUACUAUGAAGCUGAUUUUGAUUGGAAUAGGGAGAUUGCAGAAGAAACAACAAAAUUCAGAAGACAUAGAUUAAAUAGAUACCAUAGUCAAUCUUAUGUGAAUGGAACUUCUUGUGAUAUCAUUGAUCAUAAACGGGAUACUGAAAUCAGGUAUGUGUGCGACGAUUCAUCACCAGAAACAUACAUAGCCAGAGUGGACGAGCCGUCAACAUGCAGUUAUAUUAUUACUGUUCACACACCCUACAUUUGUUCCCAUCCUAAUACUAAACCACUGAAAAAUCCAAAACCUGUAGAAAUAGUUUGCAGACCUGUGCUUGCUCCGGAUGAUUUUGCCAAAUUUAAAGAAAUGGAACAAGCUAAAAAACAGAACAGGAAAGAAAUAUUCAAACGAGCUGCUGCCCGACGUUUGGCUAGCGAAGCCUAUGAGUUUUUCAACUUCGAAUAUCCUAAACUGAUGAAACAACAUCCUUUCCCAUAUCCUGGUUUAAAACCUGUUUUCAAACAAUUGGGAAAACAAGCUGCGGAAGCAAGGGCAGCAUUGUUGCAACAACAAAAGGAGGAGGCUUUUGAACAGAAAGAUGAAAAGCCUGUGAAGGGAGAUGGUCUUGAGCAAUUGUUUUAUGGUCAAAUGAAAAGUUUAGUUGAUUCACUGUUACCAUCAACAAAAAAUCAAAAACCAACGUCUGACAAGAAACCAAUGUUUCCCGAUUUUUCAAAGUCCAAAGAAACCAAUAAAGCAAAUAGAAAACCUUUUGAAGCUGAAGCAAUCAAACUUAUUGAAAGAUUUGUAGUGGAAGACAGAUUACGAAGUCUGGAUGCCUUCAAACAAAAACUACUUGUGAUGAAUGUUGCGGAUUUAUUAAAAAAGAAUCAACAUUUACCAACAGCUGAUGUAGCAAGAAAGAUAGAGAAAUAUGUUUCAACUUUUGUUGGUGCAUUGGAAGAUGCUUGGCAAUCACAAUUUGAUUUGGAUCAUAUUGAAAAAACAAUGGCAGAUUCCCUCACUAAUCAGUUAAUGCGAGAGGUUGAAAAUAUGCCGGUUGGUUUAGAUUCAGAGAAAGAAAAAGAAGAGCAAUCAGCUACACCUAAGAAAAAGCCUUCAGUUCAUUUGAAAAUUCAUAAAAUCAACUUGGAUGAUCUUGAGAAAGCGAGCGAAACAGAUGAAGAUAUUGAUCCUUCAUGGAAGAAACUAGAAGAAGAUAUAGGAAAAAGCCUUGAAGAGGCUGGCUUUGAAUCUGAAGAUAAUCAUAUUGAAAUCAGAGUCGUUACAAGCCAUGAUAAAUUGGGUGACGUUAUUACAUUAAGUACAGAAGAAGGAGAGAAGUUUCGAGAUAUGUUACUUGAACUUGUGGCAGGGGAAUCGGCCUUGAACAAUGAGGUCAAAAAACAAAAAACUCUUCAUAAUAAUUAUAACUUAGUUUGGAAAAGGGGUGAUAAUGGAUUUACGUCAUUAAGUACUUUUGAUGAAGACAAUCAAGAAGAUACGGAAGGUCAUGUAAGGUCACCAAAAUUAUAGCACCAUGGACAAUAACUACGAUAAUAAUAUUCAGUCGGCCACAAGGAAAUUUUGCUGCUUUUUUCUUUCUACUUUUCUGCAGGUUUUAAUAAACUUGCGAAGUUUGAUGAACUUUAUGUCCUACGGAGAAUAUUUCCUACUCUAUUAAUAAUAAUUUGCAGACCACCGUCUUGCCAACCACAUUUUUCAAUGAGAAAACAAGGUUUGCAGUAUUUAUGAAACUGAGAUUGGUCAAUUUU